GCUCGUGUCCCAGUCCCCCUACCCUUUUCUGCUUGGAUGGCCCGGCCUGGACUCAAAAAUCUGUGCCUCUACUAUUACGCCUAUUACUUAACAACAACAACAGCAACCACGCCCUCACCAUCAUCCAUCGUCGUUGUUGCCGUCCCCUUAUCUCUAUAUGGCUACUUGCGUUCUGCUCGGCAGUGGCAGUAGUAGCAGUAAUAGUAGUGGCAGCAACGGUGGAUUAGGUAGCGCUACCGGCUUCGACCAUAGAAACAUCACUUGGAGUUCCCCACCCCAUCCCCAACAACUGCAACACCACGACGACGACCGCCAACACCACACCGACCCAAAGAUGGUGAGGAAGAGAACCGCGUCUGAAUUGGAUCUCCAAACGGGCGAUUGUCCAAGGUUCUCUCGACCGUCUCCCAACCCCUUCGCCGACAUAGACAUCGAACGUAGUUCUCCCUUGGCUUUCCAGCACCCUAGAAUUAUUGCCUCCGUGGACAGCAAUAGCAACUCCACCCCUAACUCAAAUCCAGUUUUCUUCACCAACAACAACACCAACCACUCCGCUAUGUUACCUUCCCCCACUAAUUCCAUUCUCACAUCAGGCGUUUCUGGUUUUCCUUCCAACCUCACUUAUUUUCUCGACGCCAUCCACUCCAUCCCGUCUUCCGCAGCGGCUGUAUGCGGCUUCUCUGGUCUGCCCUUGUUUCCAUCGGAACGAAAUCGAAGCAACGCCACCGUCACCUCCACUGCCACCAGCACAGCCAGUAUUCUAUCCCCGGCCGGCGGAGGAGCUGGGCUUCUACUCCCUGCUCCUUCCGGCUCUUCUCCUCCCAUGGAGGGCGACCCCACGACCACCAAUGCAACAGCGACAGCGUGGAUCGAUAGCGUCGUAAAGGAUCUAAUCCACAGCUCCACCGGUGUCUCUAAUAUUCCUCAGCUUAUCCAGAACGUGAGAGAGAUCAUCUAUCCUUGCAACCCGAACCUCGCUUCCCUCCUUGAGUUCAGGCUUCGCUCGUUGACCGAGCCAGAGGUUGCCGAUCAUCAGCAGCUUGAGAAGAGAAGGAAGGAUGCGGUGUUUUGGCAGCGGCAGCAACAACAGAUUCAAACACAGGUGCAAGGCUCUUCUGGGCAUAGGCUCUAUCCUGAAAACGUCUCCUCCUGUCCCAUCCAAGCUCAGCAGGCGAUGGGAGCAAACCACUUCUUCAACUGGGGGGUAGACCUAUCGUCGUCGUCAUCGUUCCAGCUGCAGGGAAACGAAGGGUUUCAUCACCAGUUGACCUCGGUUGCAUCUCCUCCACUCCUGACGCUGAAUCAAUCUUUGCCGCUACAGCAACAGGGUUCGCAUCGUGCUUUAGCAGCAGCAACAACAAAAACAACGACAACAACAACAACAACACCAGCAUCAUCAACGGGGGCAGAAGCAGAAGCAGCAGCAGCUGUAGUGGCCUGCAGCAGCAAAGAGAAGAAAGAGGAGAUCCGAAGACAGCAGCAGCAGCAAAAGCGAGACGAAGAAGGGCUCAACCUCCUCACCUUACUCCUGCAAUGCGCUGAGGCUGUAUCCGCCGAUGACUUCGAGCGGGCAAACAAGAUGCUGCUGGAGAUAUCUGAGCUGUCAUCGCCAUUUGGGACGUCGGCACAGCGGGUGGCAGCCUACUUCUCGGACGCGAUGUCGGCUAGGCUGGUGAACUCUUGCCUGGGGAUAUACGCGCCGUUGCCAUUGGUUAGUGCACCGGUUGCUCUUGGCCAAAAGAUAGUGUCGGCCUUCCAAGUGUUCAACGGUAUCAGUCCCUUGGUGAAAUUCUCGCAUUUCACGGCGAACCAGGCCAUACAAGAAGCGUUUGAAAGGGAGGAGAGGGUGCACAUCAUCGACCUGGACAUCAUGCAAGGCCUCCAGUGGCCUGGCCUCUUCCACAUCUUGGCAUCCAGGCCCGGGGGUCCCCCCUUUGUACGCCUUACAGGACUCGGAACCUCGCUGGAGGCUCUGGAGGCCACGGGGAAGCGAUUGUCAGACUUUGCCGAAACACUGGGGCUUCCCUUUGAGUUCUUUCCUGUGGCGGAGAAGGCUGGGAAUUUGGACCCGGAGAGGUUGAACAUAAGCAAGAGGGAGACCGUUGCGGUACACUGCUUGCACCACUCCCUGUACGACGUUACUGGCUCCGACACCAAUACGCUUUUGCUCCUGCAGAGGUUGGCGCCCAAGGUAGUGACAAUGGUGGAGCAAGACCUGAGCCACGAAGGAGCGUUCCUGGGGAGGUUCGUAGAGGCGAUACAUUACUACUCAGCGUUGUUCGACUCACUCGGUGCGAGCUAUGGGGAGGACAGCGAGGAGAGGCACAUUGUGGAGCAGCAACUGCUGUCGAGGGAAAUACGGAACGUGUUGGCGGUUGGUGGACCGGCUCGGAGCGGGGAGGUGAAAUUUCACAACUGGAGGGAGAAGCUGAAGCAGUCCGGGUUCAGGGAGGUGUCCUUGGCGGGGAAUGCGGCCACCCAAGCCACACUGCUUCUGGGGAUGUUCCCCUGCGAUGGCUAUGCGCUGGUCGAGGACAAUGGUACUCUCAAGCUCGGCUGGAAGGACCUCUGCUUGCUCACCGCUUCUGCCUGGAGACCUAUUAUUCAUCAUCACCCUGCAGCUUACACUCUACUCACACACCACCGCUAGCUAGCUAGUCGCAAAUACUAUUACUGGGUGAAUACUAUU